ACAGAGAAGGGAGACAGAGGGAGAGAGAGAGAGGGUGACAGAGACAGAGAGGAAGUGGAUAGGGAGACUGAGAGAGACAGAGACAGACAGGGAGAGCGGUAAAAGUUACAGGGAAAGAAGGUAAAGAGAAGGAGGGGAUAGAGAGAUUGAGAUUCACAGAGAGAGAAAUAGAGUGGGGUAAGGGUGAUGGGCUAUGAGUUGGAUUGAGUUGUGUGAGUCACUGGAGGAGAGAUUUAGAGGCAGAGGGAGGGUUGCUUAUUAAUGACACUCAGGGUCUGGAGGAUCAGAGUGGCCUGGAGGGUGGAAGGGGUGGAAUUGAUGGUGUCAGUUUGAGGGUGUUUAGUUGGGAAUGGAUUCUGAGGACAUGAGGAUUAGAGGAAAAAGUUAGCUCAUUGAGCUCAGUGAGAGAGAGUGACUACUCCCUGGUGGCAGGACUGAACACGCCAUCCACCCCAAACCCCACCCCCACCCACAAGCACAGAGUGUAUUUCACAGGAAUUCACAGCAGCAUCUGACCACAGUGACCAGCAACUGACCACAGUGACCAGGAACUGACCACUAAGUGACCAGGAACUGACCACAGUGACCAGGAAUUGACCACUAAGUGACCAGGAACUGACCACAGUGACCAGGAACUGACCACUAAGUGAACAACAGUGGCAAGAAAAAGGACAGAAAUUGAUCAGUGAUCCUCCAUGAGUAACUAAUGACUGAUGAGCAGAAACCAUUGAAGGACAGCCAGUGACCAGAAGAGGCCGAGAUCAGAAAGUAAGGACCAGAGUAACGAGCAGAGAGCAGUAACGUACCGGCAACAGAGGAACAGUGAGCAGUGAAGCUUUACACAAGACAGAUCGGUGACUUUCUGCUGGAGACAUGGCUCAUAGCACCUACAACCAGCUCUGGCUACAAGCUCAAAAUGCCCUGAAUGACAUUCUCGAGCUAGAGUCUGCCGGGUCCACACUGGACAUAACCAAAGAUGCUGCAGCGUUUUCCCGAUACCAGAACAAUCUUUACAUCAAAUACAUCCGGAUAUUCCGCAAACUGGAGAUUGUCCAUGAUCAGAUCGCUCAUCCUCAGAAGUGGAAAGUGGUGGAGAUGCUCCUGGAAGGAGUGAUGGGGCGGAUUAUCGAGGUGCGGAGGGAGAUGGUUGAUAAAGGACUUUCCGAGUUUCACUUCAUGGACGAUGUGAUCCAGGACCUGAAACUGACACCGUCAAUGAAUGAGGAGCAUGGAUAUCAAAGAACAUCCAAGCUGCAGCAAGCAACAGGUGGAGCCAUGGGUUGGCAUGUGGAGUGGGAAAGGCGAUGUAAUGAGUAA